AUGACGGGGCGUCAAGAGCUGCAGCAGGCCCUACUCGACGUCGACGGCAAUGCAUACUGCGCCGACUGUGGUAUCUCUGGUUGGUUCUACCCCUUGGAUCGCACUCGCAAUCUGGUGUCGCGCCAGAGCGCAGAGCCACGAUGGGCCUCGCUCAAGCUUGGUGUCCUUCUUUGCCACGGCUGCGCAUCUGCACACCGCAGUCUGGACCGGCGCCUCUCUGUGCACGUCGUCAACAUUUUUGAUCAACACCUACCCAUCGCCUCUCUCAAGAUGUUGUGCUGUCUUGGAAACGCCGUGGCCAACGGCUAUUGGGAGGCAUGUGAAAAUCCCAAGGCCGGGCCCAAACCCCAUCCCGAUGACCCCGUGAUGCAGAAGCAUGCCUACAUUCGCCAAAAGUACCUCAAUGAAGCCUUUAUCACCAAGCGUACGAUGCAGGAUCAAACCCAACUUCAAGAGUACUUUAUAUAUGUCGUCCUCUCGGACGAUCUCGCUGCCACGUACCGCUUGCUGGUGACGGGUGUCUCCGCCAACGUAACCGUCGAUCACUAUACACCCUUGUAUCUGGCCGCUGCCUCGGGUCAACGUGAAAUGGUCGAGCUGUUGCUCAUAUACGACGCUGCCAAUGAACCCACUGGUCUGGAUCGCGAUCGCCCCUCAGAGGCUGCUCACAAUCAUGGCUUUCACGAGUGUGCUUGCCGCAUCGAACAAGCCUCCAACUUUGUCCAGCACCAACUUUUCGCCUACCUUUUGCGCCAAGCGCUGGACGACCCCGUGGCUAGCCCGCUCAGCGUUCAGGAUCGCGAAGCCGUUGCCCGGGGCGCCCGACAACUACCCCAGCUCCGUGACGAGGAGCUGUCAGCGUUGGCGGUUGAUGUGUGCGAUGAGAUUCAUCGCCGGUCUCUCGAGGUGGCAUGGGCGUACUAUGUGCAGGUGGAACCCGCCCUGGUACCAAAGGAUGACAUUCCGGUCAUGUUCCUGCCCGUGGGGCCAGACUUUGGGCCUGUUCGGCUGCAGACCCGCCAAAAGCUGGCCAAGGUCGCACAGCUGCUGCAACCACAGUUUGAUGCACUGACCACGCGGUGCCAGCAGCUGGAGGACUUUGUGGUCCAGCAGCAGGCACAGAUUUCUCAACUCUUGAACGAAAACAUGGAACUAGCACAGGCUCUGCAAUUGCUAUUACCCGUGGCUGCUGAGCAGAGCUUUCGAUCAGGUGUGUGUGUGUGUGUGUGUGAGAGAUGGAUCAACGGCUGGCAUCUGUUUUUCCAGUUGUCCGUCAUGAUGAGCGCAAAAUGGCAACGUUGGAUGUUGCUGUCCUUGGUCGUGGCCUUGGCGGCGACGCUCGUGGCUGGUGAUGAUCGUUAUCGUCGCGAUGACGAUGAUUUCUUCGAUGACGAUGACGAUUUUUACUGCCACGACAACAAUGCGCGCUACUGCAAAUCAAAUUGCUGCAUCAACAAGCGUUGUGGAAGCGAGUCCGAGUGCCGCCGCGUGGGCAUUAUCGUUGGAAGCGUCUUUGCUGCUAUUUUUGCCAUUGGCUUUUGCAUCUGCUUUGGCUGCUGUGCGCCUGCUUCUCCACCAAGCUACAACCAACAUUAUCCUCCGCUGCAACACAAUGCCGCCGGUCCCGCAACCAACAGCAAUGAGGUGCCAAUGCAAAGCUACCCGCCCCAGCAACAGCAGACUUAUACACCCCAGCAACAGCAGACCUACCCCCCUCCAGCGCAGCAGACCUACCCCCCUCCAGCGCAGCAGGCCUCCACGUAUUCCCCCGAGUCGAUUCCAACCGCCUACCCGCCCCAGCAGUCCUAUCCCCCACAACAACCUGCGUCUCCUUAUCCAUCUCAACCUUACGGCGCUGCUUAUCCCACGUCAUCAGCAGCGGCAUAUCCCCCCAACCCAUCGACGGCCUCAGCGGUCGCUCCCCCACCCGCAUACACGGACGUUGUUCAGCCCAAGGGAGACACUCAAGCUUGAGCCAACUCGGAACUUUAAAAAUACGAUCGUCGUUUCCAGCAUGUGUGCAUGUGUGCCCACGAUCAUAGCGUGACAGUUCUAUGGCGUUCCGUGUUUUGCCCCGUCGUGGUAUCUUGCUGCACCUUUUGUUAUUCACUGAUUGUACAAGGAGAAGCGGUCCUCUGACUGUCGUCUUGGCGUCGAUGCGGUGCAGAACUGGGUAGAGCUGAUGUUUUGUUUGUUGUUUUGUUUUUGUUCAACUACGCUAAAUCAAUUUUUUUUCUUUU